AUAAUAAUACGAACUCAUUCUCUCGUAUGCUUAGAGAUGUACUUUAUUAUAGUUUUAUAUUUUAACAUGGUACGAGAGACUUCCUUUCUGUACCUCUUCUCUAAGUAAUUUUUAUCUGUCAACUGGCUAUUGGUGAAGAAGACACUCCCACUCCUAAAAUGGAUUACACGUCUCCAUUUUUUCUGGGACCUCAAGAUAGAACCGGAGAUUUUAUCACCCCAGUUCGUCUUACCGGAGAUAAUUACGAAGAUUGGUCAACUUCUGUUCGACUUGCUCUUCGUGCUAGACGUAAAUUUGGUUUCAUCAACGGUGUCAUCAAGGAGCCAAUACCUACCUGUACGGAAGAGGAUUGGUUGACCAUACAUUCAAUGUUAGUUUCAUGGAUUCUAAAUACCAUUUCACCAGAGGUAAAAACUACUCUUUCUAAAUUUGACGAUGCCAAACUUUUGUGGGACGAUCUGAAAGAACGUUUUUCACUGGUUGAUGGUCCAAAAAUCCAUCAAGUUAAAUCUGAUAUUUCUCAUUGUGAACAAUCUAAAGCUCAAACGGUUGUCGCGUAUUAUGGCAAAUUGAAGGUUUUAUGGGAUGAACUCAAUAACUACGAACCUCUAAUUAGUUGUUCUUGUGGUAAAUGCACAUGUAAUGUGAAGUCCUUACAUGAACAACGUCGAGAAUCAGAACGAUUUCAUCAAUUUUUGAUGGGAUUGUCUUCGGAUUUCUAUGGACAUGUUCGUUCUCAACUUCUCUCUCAAACACCCCUACCCACACUUAAUAGAACAUUUCAGCAAAUAUCUCAAGAAGAGAGAGUAAGAGGUAUUAUGCAAAAUAAGGAUAAGGAGGGAUGUCCGGAUAUUCUGGGGUUUGCUAUUCGCACAGGUCCGCGAGGAAGAAUAAAAACAGAAAAUAAAACUGAUAAAUCUCAUUUGUAUUGCACUCAUUGUAAUAAGGGAGGACAUGAUAUAUCUCACUGUUUUGGGAUUAUUGGGUAUCCUGAGUGGUGGGGUCCACGCCCCAAAAAUACUUCCCAAUCGGCCAGAAGAGUGCCUGAUCAACGCACCAGGCCAAACUUAUUUUCUGACAGGAUGGACCGGCCAACUGCACGGAAGACAGUCCCUGCCCAGGCCCAUGCGGCUACUGCAGCUGGGGGAAAUCAUCGUGGAGAACAUCAGGCUGAGGUGUCCAUGGGAUCCGGAGCCUCUACCUUACUUUAGAGUAAGGUAGAGUGCCUUGCUUCCUCCCGAUCGUCCGAUUGACAAUUCAACGGUCGGAGAUCUUGGACUCCACUUUUUUGCCAAUCUCGAGGCCGUGUUGACCGCUCCCCUCCCGUCCGAUGCGCAAGACACCCUCCUAGUCGGGUAGAGGAUCCCAAUCCGUGUCCAUGAGUCACUCCACUUCUUCUAGCAAUCCCGCGGACGUAUCUGCUCACCUGCCGCGCCAUGCAUCUGUGGACCAUGCUGGAAACUCCAGCACAUUUACUUCCCAUGCAGGUGAAAUUAAUCCACUUCCCAAUUUGUCAUGGAAUCAAUGGCAAUCCCUGGUUGCAGCACUUGGUAGUCCCAACUCCUCAUCUCAACGUAUGUCUGGACCUGCACUCGAAGAAAGUGACUGGACUGGGUAAACGACGGGAUGGCCUUUACUAUUUUCACCCAAUCACUUUUAUACCUACUUCUUCGCGAAUAAAUAAUGUGACUACGUCUAUAGAUAUUUGGCAUCAACGUUUAGGGCAUCCUUCCAAAAAUAUUGUGCAAUGGUUAAUUCCUACAAAAUUGCCAAAGCAGUCUUUAUCUGGUCCUUGUGAAAUCUGUCAUAAGGCGAAAUAAUCUAGGAGCUCUUUUCCUUUGAGCACUAAUAAAACUACCAGAAUAUUUGAACUUGUUCAUUGUGAUGUUUGGGGGCCAUACAAUACCC